AUGGGUUCCCCCUUCCAGCUACUCAUCGUCGUCCUUCUGGGACUUACCGUUAGUGCCACUCCGGUGGUGCAGCAGGCGGGCAGCGCCCAAUUCACCUCGGCGGUCUCUCGCUUCCUGCAGGCUUUCAAGAGCAUCAUGCCCUGUGGCUACGGCAACAUUCCCGUGCUGGCUCCCCUCGUAAAUCCUUUCUACGAAUUCGAGUACAUCACCGACGACUACACCGUUGUGGGCAACGUGACGAACAUCCGAGUCCAGGGUCUGGACAGCUUCCAGGUUCUGAGUGCCAGCGACUACGGAAAAACUGGAGAGGCCGCCUAUGAUGUGCUCUUCCCCAAGAUCCAAGUGCUUGGCUUCGCGGAAGUUGAUGGUUUCAUCAACAUCGGCGGCUUCAAGCUGCCCAUCCGGCAAAACGAUGUGAUCAACGAAGCCCUUUUCGAUCUGCGCUUCGUGGGAAGCUACAGCUUCGCCAACAGCCUGACCAACUCGUCUGGCUUGCGCAUGGUGGAUUUCAAGCAAACCAUCUAUCUGGCUGGUGUGGAAUUGGACAACUGGAACACUCUGUGGAACAUCUCGACCAAUAACUUCUGGAACCGUUGGAUGAAGACCUUGCUGCCACUUGCACUCGAAGAGAUGCAACCGAACAUCACCAACUUUCUCUACCAAAACUUCCUCGUUCCGAAGGUCAACGAUCUUCUGGGCAACGUGAGCAUGUCCGAGUUGGUAAACAUCUUCCAGACUCAGGCUCAGCUCUGGGAAAGGGCCGGAUGCCAGGUUUAA